AGAAACUAUUAGUGAUGAACCUUGUUUAAAUAGACGAAGCAAGGUGUUAUAGUAAAGUUGAUAGUGUUGUGUCAGCAUAUUCAGAAAACUCCCCAAACUGUAGUUUGUAUUUCUAAUCAACAAACUCCCAUCUUCUGCUAUCUCUCUCGAUAAUCAUCUCCAUCUAACCCUUUUUCCUCAUUCAUAUCAUUAUUCUUCAUUUUUCAGUUACAUUGCAUGGUUUCAAUCUUGUUGUGUGGCAUUGUGUAGAGGUUUUAAAGAGAGAGAUGGGAAGACUUUUCUUGAUCGAUCUUGAAGAAAACUUCUACAGCUGCAAGAAUUGCGAGACACCUAUAGCCCUUGUUAAUCAUCUCCUUUCAAUGAAUUACGAAUGCCCUUUUGGAAGGGCUUAUCUUUUUGAUAAAGUUGUCAAUGUCUUGGACGGAGAGAGAGACGAGCCAAUCCCAGAAUCGAAUUCUACUAUGGUCCACCUAUUCUGCGUUCAAUGCCAGUACACUGUUGGAUUCAAAUUUGUAAGGCGGGCCGUUCUUGAGAGUCAGAGGUCCAAGAUUAUUCUCAUAAGGUGUUUCCUUACGCCGAGUUUCGGAGGUACAACAAAGGAAAGUUUAUCCUUGCAAGGUUGAAGAUAUUGGUGCCUGGUGAAGACCCGAACAUGCCUGCUCUUGAAGAUGUUUGAUUUACUUACCAUUUUGAACUGUACAUACCUUCAUCGUGUUGUUAAAAUGUAGUACAUUUAAUGUAGUAUCUCAGGAAAUAGAUACCUUACAAGUCUGCUAGUUUCCUUUUGAAUUGUACUUUCUUUAUGCUACCUUCAUCAUGUGGUUAAUACUUUC